AUGCUCUUGCCCUCCAAAAAGGACCUUAAGAUUGCCCUGGAGGUUUUUGCUGUUUUCCAGUGGACCUUGAGUGCCUUUCUCAUCAUCUUCACGGUAAUCUCUGUCAACAUCUACCUGGUGCUGUUCACGUCAUACUGGCCCGUCACUGUGCUCCUUCUCAGUUGGCUGGCUUUUGACUGGAAGACACCCCAGCGAGGGGGCCGCCGGAUUGACUGUGUGAGGAGAUGGUGCAUAUGGAAACAGUACUGUGAUUACUUCCCCCUCAAGCUUUUGAAGACUCAUGAUAUCUCCCCCAACCACAACUACAUCCUUGCGUGCCACCCUCAUGGGGUCUUGUCCCAUUCAUGCUUUGGCCACUUUGCCACAGAUACCUCAGGCUUCUCCAAGAUCUUUCCCGGUAUCACUCCUCAUAUUCUCACCCUGGGAGCCUUUUUCUGGGUGCCGUUUCUCAGAGAGUAUAUCAUGACUUCAGGGGCCUGCUCAGUGAGUCAAGCGUCCAUGGACUUUCUGCUCACACACAAAGGCAAAGGCAACAUGCUGAUUGUGGUGGCUGGUGGCCUGGCAGAGUGCAGCUACAGCCUGCCGGGCUCUACUACCCUGUUCCUGAAGAAACGGACUGGCUUUGUACGUGUGGCCCUUCAUCAUGGAGUUCCUCUAAUCCCUGCCUAUGCCUUUGGGGAGACAGACCUCUACAAUCAGCACGUUUUCACCCCUGGGGGCUUGGUGAAUCUCUUCCAGAAGUGGGUUCAGCGUAUGACACACAUCUACCCUUGUGCUUUUUAUGGGCGCGGCCUCACGGAGAACUCCUGGGGCUUACUGCCCUUCGCCCGGCCUGUGACUACUGUUGUCGGGAAGCCACUACCACUGCCCAAGAUUGAGAAUCCGAGCGAGGAGACUGUGGCUAGAUACCAUGCACUCUACAUCGAUGCCCUACGCCAACUCUUUGACCAGCAUAAGACCCAGUAUGGCGUCUCAGAGGACCAGGAACUGGUGAUUGUUUGA